AUUAAAUUGACUUUUAGUAAAAUACGAAACUAAAGCUGGACGAACAACGCUUGGUAAACAGCAAUGGUUGACAAGUUCAACAAAAAAUCAAAUUCCAUUUAGAUUAAAAGAAAAUUUGAUAUAAACGAGAUGGGAGAGGUUCAUGUGAUUGGACAAAUUGUAGGGGCUUCAGGAUUUCCAGAACACAGUUUAUUUUGUAAAUGGGGAAUUCACACAGGUGGAUCAUGGAAAGUUUUAUCUGGAUUAAGAGAAGGCCAAACACAAGUUGAUAACCCACAAAAUCACGAAGCAGCAUAUUGGUCACAUCCUAUAGAUAUUCACUUUGCUACUAAAGGUUUACAAGGUUGGCCAAAAAUUCAUUUUCAAGUUUGGCACCAAGAUCAGUAUGGAAGAAAUGAGUUGUAUGGGUAUGGUUUCUGUCAUCUUCCAACAUCACCAGGAGUCCAUGAAAUAGAAUGUUCAACAUGGAGACCAACAGGAACCUUCUUUCAACAAAUUUCACAAUUCUUCCUUGGUGGAGGACCUCAAUUAAAAAAUCCUGACCUUAUAUACAGUGGUGCUGACCGAUACAAAUUACACACAAUAGCCAUGGGAAAAGUUCAUCUACGACUUGGACUCAUACUUAGAAACUUUGAUCGUUUUGGAAUAGAAUGUUGAGAAAUGUUAUUUAUGUUUAUUUUAUGCUGUUAUAGUAACGUUCAUCUGAAAUCCAUUUAAAAAUAUUGACAAAUUUUGAUUAGUUUACAAGUAUUUGAGAUUCUGUAAAGAAACUACUGAAAGGUACUGAAGCAGGCUUAUGCGGCCCUUAUGAUGACUAAUAACUAGUUUUAGGAAAGGGGUUCACUAGUCCGCCGCUACAAGAAAUACUAUUAAUAUGUGUAUCAAUAAACCUAACCCUAACCCUAAAAAUAAAUAUCGGUGGUCUAAUGUACCCUAACCCAACCCUAGCCCUAAUAAUAGAUAUCAGUGGACUAAUAAACCCGCAGACUAGUGAACCCGCGGACUAAUGAGCACUCUCCAGCUUUAGAUGGACAUGACUAAUAUAAAUGUUUCAGUUGGAACUGGCUACAUGUCAUCUGAUACUACUGUGAAAUGGAAAGAAUGUGGAAGAAGACAAGGUAGUGACAUGAACAAUCUGAUUAAAAUACAGAUCUACAUUUCAUUUCAUUUUUUUUAUACAGUCAAUGGCCUACACUGCAUGAAGAUCUGACCAGUUAUAUUGGGAGGUCACGUCAGGGGUCGGACGAGCUGCUUUUGACCCUAUGACAUCAGACAUUGAUUAAUCCAUCAGCGUUGACGUUUCUAGUGGUUUUACCAUAGUCCCGUGCAUCACACGCCAAGAAGUCGCCAUAACAGAUGGUUUCAUUGGCUAAUCCCUCAUGCUAUCCAGAAUGCAGGUUAUAUAACAACUCUUCCAGAUCCUAGUGUAGUACAGACAAAUAAAACAAAAUUUUGAACUAUAAAAAAGGAAUGAAAUAUGAUCUGUGUUUUAAUCGGAUUGUGACAUGAGUGCAGUUUCCGAUAAUUUUGUCUCGUCGUAGGUUGACAUAAGCCUGGCUUAAAACAAUGAAAUGAUCAAGAGUUGUUAAUUAAAUUUAUUUGUUCAAGGGCCUUAAACUGUGUAAUUAUCUGACUGAAUCAGUGAUUCAUAUAGUUAUCGAGCACCAUUGAGUCACGUUUUUAUAACGUCUUUAUAGUAGGCAUUAUCUAAAGAAUAAACUACCACAUUGUUUAAAGAUACAUUAUGGGAGAUUAGACAAAGAGCUGACAGUUGUCUCUAUAAUAGUUAAAAACUAGAUAAUGUAAAGGGAAUUUGCUGAAAAUUUCAGUCAAAUUGAUCCACUCUGAACCAAGAUUUUAGCGAUUGAAUUUUGGGGCUAGCCUCGAUCAUCAAUACUGAAGUCAGUACGAUAAAAAACAUAUCUCGAUUAUUCAUUUCAUGAUUAAGUUGAACAGCAAAUCGGAACCUAAUCCAAUAAACAUUGCAGGCUAGCGAUGCCAUCGAGAGUUGAUUAUGGUCUGGAUAAGUUAAUUAAUGUCUAAUUAAUAAUAUUGAUAACAUUUCAGGCCUAAAGAAAGACCUGCAAAUAGGCAGAUUUAGCUAUUGCAUAAUAUAUGUUUAAUUAAGGCACAAGGAAGUUAAGAAACAAUAAAAAGUUUGCUUAAGAGUUGGAUCAUCCUUUCAAAUUAUUACCGCUAAUUAAAAUGUGAAUUUUGUUCCGUCCAGUUGAACUUUCUGUCCCACCGUUUUACAUUUCUCUUUCAAAAAUGUUUGUUUUUUCAGAAAGUUGGAUCAUCCUUUCAAAUUAUUACCGCUAAUUAAAAUGUGAAUUUUGUUCCGUCCAGUUGAACUUUUUUCCCACCAUUGUACAUUUCUCUUUUAAAGAUUGUUUGUAUUUUCAGUAAUCAAAUUUAAGCAUAAUUCAAUGUUUUAGUUUUACUCAUUUUUAUGUUGUAUAUAAAAUGUAUUUGUAUGAAUUCAUAUUAUUUAUAUAGAAAAAUCAGAAUAAAAUAUAUCACUCAUU